AUGGCGAAAUCAAUGAAGGACAAUAAAGCGGUGCAAAUGCUAAAAGCAGCCGAAGAAGGCGGUUAUGGGGUAAUAGGAGUCGUUUCAUACAACCUCGAAACUAUAACCGCAGUCGUCCGCGCCGCCGAAAAGAAACGUUCCCCAGCACAAAUCCUCCUCUUCCCCUGGGCUCUUCACUACUCCCCACUCCUCAUCCACCUCGCAGCAGCCGCCUGCGCUACAGCCACCGUCCCAAUAGUACUGCACAUGGACCAUGCGCAAAGCGAAGAAGAAAUUGUUGCUGCGUCCGAAUAUCCGUUUGAUAGCAUUAUGGUAGAUAUGUCGCAUUACGAGAAAGAGGAAAAUCUUGAGAAGACGGAACGGAUAACGAAAUUUUUGCAUGAGAAGGGGAUUGCGACCGAGGCAGAGCCAGGACGCAUUAAUGGUGGGGAGGACGGUGUUGCGGAUACAGGUGAUCUGGAAGGCUUGUUGACUACCCAGGAGGAGGCUGAGCGCUUUGUGAAUACUGGGAUUGACUUUUUGGCCCCGGCUUUUGGUAACGUGCAUGGGAAUUACGGGGGAAUUGAGAAUAUCAAGUUGGAUUUCAAGAGGGUCUUGUGGAUGAGAACGGCGCUGAUCAGUGGGUGGAUGGACAGACUGGAGUCAAUCCGCAAAGCCACAGACGGCAAAGCUCAAUUGGUGCUCCACGGAACGAAUACAUUCCCCGACGAGACUAUGCAAGGAUGUAUCAAGGGCGGCAUGACAAGAUGCAAUGUGAAUGAGCUUGUGCUGUUUAAGUACAACAAGUACAUUGUGGAGAACACUGGGAAAGUUCCCCUAACCGAGUUGAUGGGCAGGGGAACAGAUUUAAUUCAAGAGCAGAUUGAGUAUCAGAUGGAUAUCAUGGGAUCAUCAGGGAAAGCAUGA